UUAUAAUAAAUGGGAAAAAAUAUUAACACGUAGAGAUCUUCCUGAAUAUCAAAUGAAAUAUAAAGAACCACACGUUUGUGAUGAAAAUGUUAAACAGUACUCUGGAUAUCUUACUGUUAAUAAUACUAAAAAUAUUUUCUUUUGGUUUUUCGAAUCGAGAAAUAAACCUCAAGAAGAUCCAAUUGUUCUUUGGCUUACCGGUGGCCCAGGAUGUUCUGGUUUAUCUGCCUUAUUCUUUGAAAUUGGUCCAUGUACCGUUAACAAAGAAGGAAAUAGUACAAUUUUUAAUCCUUACUCAUGGAAUAAUAAUGCUAGCGUUAUUUUCUUAGACCAACCAGCUAAUACAGGGUAUUCUUAUGGUGGUGAUGUAUCUACUACUUUAGAAGCUGCCACCGACAUGUAUACAUUUUUACAAGCCUUUUUCCAUGAAUUUCCUAAAUAUUCGAAUUUAAGUUUUCAUAUUGCUGGUGGAUCUUAUUAUCCUGACAUGGCCUGUAACUCAUCUUAUGGACCUGUAUUAAAUAAAGAUACAUGUGAUCAAAUGAGAAGAGACUAUCCUAAAUGUGCUUCCGAAAUUCAAGAAUGCUACGAUUCACAAGAUACAACAAAAUGCAGGAACGCUACAAUGAAUUGUUUUACGUUAAUGCUUACACCUUAUAAUGCUGCUAAUAGAAGUACUUUUGAUAUAAGAAUACCAUGUGAUGAUAGUCAAAUGUGCUAUUCGGGGUUAAGAACCAUUGAAGACUUUUCUAAUCGUGAAAAUUUUAGGGCUGAAUUAGGUGUUAAUUCUACGUCGAGAUUUCAGGCUUGUGACCAUUCAGAAGUUUACCCAAAAUUCAUGCAAUCCGGUGAUAUAAUACUUAGAUUCGACCAAUUGAUUCCGCCGCUCUUGGAAAACAAUAUUCGUGUAUUGAUAUACGCAGGCGAUGCUGAUUUUAUUUGUAAUUGGUUUGGUAAUGAAGCAUGGGUAAAACAACUUGAAUGGAGCGGUAAAGAAGGUUUUAAUAAUGCUAAUGUUACUCGUUGGAUAACAAAAGACACUGCCGAGUACGCUGGAGAUGUUAGAACUUUUAAAGGAUUUACUUUAUUGAAAAUUUUUAAUGCUGGACAUAUGCCACCUCAUGACCAGCCAAGAUCAUGUUUAGAUUUCUUUAAUAGAUGGUUAUUCAAGGAAAGUUUAUAA